UCUUAAGCUACGGGCACAUCGAAGACCUUUAACUAAGCACCCUUUUUUUAUAUACGCACGUUUAAAUCAUCUUAUUUUCUUAAUCCUGUAUGGACCUUGGAGCUGAAGCAGUACCAUUUAGACUCUGGAGUUGAAAUACUAGCUCGCUGAGGGCAGAGAAACACGCCAACACUACGGCGCGGUGGUGAAUUGUUCAAUCCUUUCAGCGACUUAUUAUUUGUUUGUGUAAUCAAUUCGAAGCGGAUCUAUACCAUUCAUUUGUAUCUUCAUUCCCACAGCCCAUAGGCUACCCCAGUUUUUUUUUUCUUUUUGUGAAGAGCACUCUGCCUCAUCAUCACAUAUAAACGCUCGAGCUCUCUCCUAGUCGCCGGCUGCCCGUAUCCUCCAAAUUGGUUCGCGAAACACUCAUCACUAGUACCAAUGGAAACAACACUCCCCAUGGUCCGGGGCAAUGGCCGCCUCCUGCCCUUGUCCCUUCUCUUGCUCGCUGCCGCCGAUUUCACAACGGUGCAUGGCCAGGGGCAGCAGCCUGAAGGGCCGUACUACUCGCGAAGCUUCAACCCAUCCAUGGCCAUCGUCAUCGUCGUGCUCAUCGCCGCCUUCUUCUUCCUCGGCUUCUUCUCCGUCUACGUCCGCCACUGCUACGGCGACGGCUCUAGCGGCUACUCCGCGAGCCCGGCCCCCGGCGGUGCCGCCGCGCGAUCGCGGCGCCAGCAGCGCGGGCUCGACUCGGCGGUGCUGGAGUCCUUCCCGACCAUGGCGUACGCCGACGUGAAGGCGCACAAGGCCGGCAAGGGCGCGCUCGAGUGCGCCGUCUGCCUCAGCGAGUUCGACGACGACGAGACGCUGCGCCUGCUGCCCAAGUGCUCCCACGUCUUCCACCCGGACUGCAUCGACACGUGGCUCGCCUCGCACGUCACCUGCCCCGUCUGCCGCACCAACCUCGCCCUCGGCCCCGACGCCAACGCCCCGCCGCCCGACGACGACACGCCUGAGCUGCUGCCGGCUCCAGAAGCGCAGGAGCUACCGUCGCCCACGUCCGCACCGCCUCCUUCUGCUGCGGUGGUCAUCGACGUGGAGGAGACAGAGGAGGAGAGGAUCAUCAGAGCGGAGGCCGACGAGCUGAUGCGCAUCGGCAGCGUGAAGCGCGCGCUGCGCUCCAAGUCCGGCCGCGCGCCCGCACGGUUCCCGCGAUCGCACUCGACAGGGCACUCGCUCGCAGCGUCUGCCUGUGCCACCACCGGCACCGAAAGGUUCACGCUGCGUCUGCCCGACCACGUGCUCCGAGACCUCACCGCGGCGGGGAAGCUCCAGCGCACCACGAGCUUAGUCGCGUUCCGCUCCAGCCGCGGGGGCAGCACGCGCCGUGGCGUCAGCGUCAGGACAGGCGGGGGAGGCGGCGAAGGCACCAGCCGUGCCGGGAGGAGCAUCCGGCUGGGCCAGUCAGGACGGUGGCCGUCGUUCCUGGCGCGGACGUUAUCCGCGAGGCUUCCCGCCUGGGGAUCGCGGUCGACGCGGAGGAGCGUCCAGACUGACGGGUCGAGCAAGGGCGGUAGGACAGUUGGCGACGCCGGCGCAGGCGCCAAGUCUUCUGAACAUGACGACCAGGCGUGCGCGCCUGGACAGCGUGUUUGACUGAGUCUCCUUGUCGUGGUCAACUGUGGCUGCUAGGAAAUUUUUUGUUGGCAGUUAAUUUUAGGAGAGAACGUGCUUGGUUGCGCUCCUCCUUCACUCCUUCUGGACGCGUGUUGUAUUCAUUUUUUCUUCAACAAAAAGCAUGUACAUAAAAUUAGUAGUUUUUUCUUUGAAAUUAAGAUACAUAUAUACUACCUCUAAGUACAAGCACACACGUACCUUAUCUCUUAUGAAUAAAUAUUAGAAUUGAUGAAGUCAUUUUUUUA